AUGAGCGGCCCUCAAGAUGUACAUGCCAAAGCCAUCCAACAAUUAUGGGACAGAGAAAUCCAAACUGCAAAAGAAAUACAAAAACGAACGGGUAUUCUUAGAUCCACAGUAUAUUACAAUAUUUCUAAAUUAAAAAAACUGGUAGUAUUAGUCACUGAAAUCGUAGUGGUCGCCCCUGAAAAAUCUCUUCCCGAAGCUUCAA